AUGGCACUCAGUUUCGCAGAUAGGUCUCAGAUGAAGAAUCAGGCAGAGCACGUCUCAGAUGAAGAUGCUUUUGAAUCUGCUGCUGUCUUAGCGGCUGAGCUGAUAAGCUACGCACGGCUUUCACUUAAGCUGGACAGUGAGCGUACUGACCUCACUGUGAGAGACUGCUUGGAGUUUGCGAUAAAAAACGGGAUACCGAAAGCAGAGGACUGGCCACUGUUAGGAUCUACGGUCAAGAAGCCACCACCAUCGUACAAGCCUGCUCUGGUUUCCAUGAAAGGAAAAGUGGUUGAGCAUGAGGAGUUGGGAGAGGCACGUGAGUCGUUGAAGUACCAGGCGGUGGAAGCAAAGCUGCAUGUGUUCAGUCCACAAAUUGAGCUUCAACAAGACGCAAUUUACUUUGGAGCGUCAGGUGAGGCAGCCAAGUAUGUGGGACUUAGAGAGGGAAUCAUAGUUGCAGUGGAGAAGAUCUAUGGAAAGUCGAUUGCAACUGUGAAGGUUUGGUACAAGAAGCAGUUUAUCACUGUCAAGGUGCCUUUGAGCAGUGGGUUUGCCUCUGAGGACAUAGAGUUACACUACUACUUGUUGACUUUUGGGGUCCCGUGCCUAUCCAGAGAGAUUUUAUCUUAA